AACGAUCUUUGUUCCAGCAUACAAAAAACCAGAUAUUUGGUUUGGUAUGGGAAAAAAAUUAAUAAAGCAUAAAAAAAAAUUCACUCCAUGAACGAUGGAUUUAUGAUAGUAUUUUAGUGAAUAAACAGUUGCCUUUUGAUGAUUAUUAUGCUAUGAAUCAGUCAAGAUUUUUUCAAUAUAAAUUGUCUCGAUCAAAAAAAUUUGAAAAAGAAAAAAUUCAAAAAGCAUUGAAUCAUAAGAAAAAAUCCUUUCAAAAAUCCAAUCAGGUAGCUGCGAUUAAUGGUUCUUAUAAUAAUGUUUCUCAAAAAGAUUCAAAUAUAAAUACUUAUGCUGCUACUUUUCCAUUUACACAUACUCCGUCAACAUCUUUCAAUUAUACAACAAUAUCAAAAAAUAUUUCUGACCCCAUUAUUUCUGCUUCAUUAAAGAAAAAAUCUUAUUCUUCUCCAAUAUCAAACGAAUCCUUUAAUUUGCUAUCAACGUCUUAUCAAGAUAUAGGAAAUAUUAUUUUCAAUAAAUCUCUCCCUCGAAAUUCUUUUUUGGAAACAAAGAAAAAUUCAACUGUAUCUUCAUUUAAAACUCUUCAUUCACCAAUUGAAAAAAUUAAAGUUCUAACGGUAAAUGACCUCGGUUCUACUGCUAAUGUCUUCGAAAUAGUAGCUACUAAAAAAAUAAAUAAUAGAAGUGGAUUUGUAGAUUCUAGACAUAGAUGAUCC